AUGUCACACUUAGGAACUACAAAUUCUUCUUUAAACGUUACAACUUUGAGAGAGUUGGCAAGAAAAGAUUUAAAGGAUGUGCUUGAUUCAGUGCGGGGGAAAAAAUGCCUAAUUUUGGAUCCCAACAUAAGUGGACCUUUGAGUCUUAUCGCUGAAUUCUCUUUGUUAAAGGAUCAUGGCGUCGAAAAAGUACAUUAUCUUCAACAAGGGCCAUUUGAAACCGAGCUUCGAAGCUUGAUUUAUAUUUGCAGACCACAAUUAAAUUAUAUGAGAUAUAUAGCUGAGCACAUUCAGAAUCAUCAAAAUGAAUAUUUAGAGAAUCCACAAGCUCAAAAAUAUGAAUAUAACCUCUUUUUUGUUCCACGCCGAACAAUGAUCUGCCAAAAAGUUUUAGAAGAAGCUGGGAUCACGAUUGGCGAAUAUCACUUGGACUUAAUACCUUUUGAAGACGAUUUAUUAUCCUUGGAAUUAGAUAACACAUUUAAAGAGCUUUAUUUGGAUGGUGAUUAUACUUCAAUUUAUUACGUGGCAAGAGCGCUCAUGAAGUUACAGACUUCAUUUGGUCUAUUUCCAAGAAUAAUAGGCAAAGGGGAUUGUGCCAAGCAACUUGCUGAUAUGCUCAUUCGUAUGCGUCGGGAGGUUGCUGUAGAUGAUCCAUCUCCAUUAUCGAUCUCUCAAAGUGUAGAUUCACUUAUCAUUAUCGAUCGAUCGGUUGACCUCAUAACACCCUUAUGUACUCAACUAACUUAUGAAGGAUUGAUAGACGAAGUAUUUGGUAUUAAAGCUUCACAUGUAGAGGUGGAUUCUUCCAUUGUAGGACCUGCGCCAGCAACUACUGCAACGUCUACGACUACUAGCGCCCCUUCUCAGUCACAACCACCUCUUCAACCUCAGCAAAAAAAAAAAAAAUUUGCUCUGAAUUCUAGCGAUAAAUUAUUUGUCCAAUUAAGAGAUAUAAAUUUUGCAGUAGUGGGUGGUGUUCUUAACAGAGUUGCUAAAAGAAUAAACGAAGAUUAUGAAGAAAGACAUAAAGCUAAAACUAUGAUACAAAUCCGUGAAUUCACCAAUAAAUUAGGAGGAUUACAAUUAGAACAUCAGUCUCUAAGGAUUCAUACUGGUAUAGCUGAAGAGAUAAUGGCGUAUACCAUUACACCAGAAUUCAAUAGAGCUCUAGAAGUGCAGCAAAAUUUGGUUGCAGGCAUAGAUGUAAAUACACAAAACGAAUAUAUAGAAGAAAUGAUCAAUCGACAUGUUCCACUUACUCAAGUUUUACGAUUAUUGUGUCUACAAAGUCUUGUAAAUGGUGGAUUAAAGCAAAAGAGCUUUGAAUUUUUCAAAAAAGAAAUAUUACAGACAUACGGGUUCGAACACCUUCAAACGUUACUGAAUCUUGAACGUCUUAUCAUGUUUUCUAAACAAUUGUCAUCUACUCGCAAUCCAUAUGCUUAUAUUCGUAAAACUCUACGAUUAAUCGUAGAUGAUGUUGAAGAACAUAAUCCUCAGGAUAUAGCAUACGUAUAUUCUGGUUAUGCUCCUUUAAGUGUACGUUUGAUACAAUGCGCAACGACAAAGAGUGGUCCAUCCUCGACUGGUAACGGGUGGAAAGGAUAUGAGGAAGUGUUAAGAAUGUUACCAGGUAAAACUUUCGAUGAGGUACAAAGGCAAGAAGAAGGAGCUAUACGUUCUAAAAGUAAGUAUAUGUGA